AAAGAGAUUCCUUGGAGAUUUGGCCAUCCUGAUGAUUCGCCAAUGGGUCUGAAACUCUUAAAAGCUUACGAACACUUUAGGCUUGGCACUGGCCGUGCAAAUGAGUUGAAGCAAACAUGGUGGAAGAGGCUUGAAGAAGCAGUUGUUAAAGCGGAGCAGCAUAUCAUUCAGAUGGAGCCUAGAGCAUCGAGGAGCUUUGAGAGUGCCGCGGCGGGGAUAUUAAUGACAAAAUGCUCGUGAUUGAUCG